AAAUCCUUAAAUGUAGAAACUAAAUAAACACAAGCCAGUUUGAUUUAAGUGUUUGCUUCAAAGUUAGAUUUUGUACUAUGUUUGUACUUUUUGGUAAGUUUUAAAGUAUAAUAUUGAAAUUCACCCGAGUCCUCGCACCUUGUCCUUUUUGUUCUCAUUUUAAAUGCUUUCAGAGUUGUGGGUGAGUAUUCUGCCCCGUGUUUGUAUUGAAUCCGUUAUAAAUAGAUUAAAUGCAGGGGCGUGAGGAAUGGAAGAUUGUGUUGUGUGAGGAAGCGUGACACAGAAUCCAACUAUAGCCUGCCUAUAGGCGUCCGGGUUGAGGGGAAAUUGCAAAGCCUCUCAAGGGACUCACUGAAACGAACAAACGCUGCGGCGAAAUGAGGCCACCCCGUCAGCUUUAGGGAGUUCACAGGAUUCAUGCUGUCAUUAGUGGUUGCAAGGUCCGGAGUCCUCCAGGUUUUAGAAGUAUCAUUAAAUUAUUAACCUGGGAGGAGGAAACGUUGCUUUUGUUUUAUAAUGUAUGGCGCAGGUGGGACAAAGAUCAGAGGGCUCCAGACCUCGAAGGCUGGAAUUGUGAACCACAGCGGUACGUUCUGGAUGAAGGGGGGUGGCGGUGGUUCAAUCUGCCUCCUUCCUCCAUGCGUUGGGAAGGAAAUCCUUAUUUUCUUGAACAAUGACAAGGAUGAGAAGCUCCUGUAGUGCUGUAGAACCUGCAGGUGUAGAUUUUGAUUUCUAAACAAGAGGAGGAUUAUUUUUAGGGGGGAGGGGGAGGAGAGCAACAACAUCAUGAGCCAGCGGCACUCUGUCGGUUCAGUGGGGGACCAGGCUCCCCUCCUGCUGGCGGGACAGUUUGCUUCUGACCUGCAGCUGGAUGCCAGCCUCAGCGAGCCCUUGGCUGCCAGCCCAUCCAGAGAAAAGCACUGCUCCCUGGGUCACCUCCCAAAGGAGGACUUGUCCCUGCCCAAACUCUCCACCUCUCCGGAGAACGAGCCCAAGAAGAUCAUCCUGAGCACGCAGAGCGAGGCCUCCCGAAGGCGGGGCACCCAGCAGCUCAUUCCCAAAGGCCUGGCAGUGGCCAGCAGGCCCAAGCAGAGGUACCACACCACGGGGGUGAGCAUGCCCAUGUGGGAGGCCAUCUCGCAGCAGGAGAAGCGCACCUCUGUGCCGGCGGUGAGCUGGGAGGAUUACGACGCGGAUGAUUUUGAAGAGGAUGGUGGCGGCAUGCUGAGCAGGAAUCGGAGGAAUCAGUCUUACCGAGCAGCGGUCAAGGGCUUCCACAACGGGGCCCCGGAGCCUGUGAAGACAGGGGCAAGUCUGAAACCCGUCCAGGAGGAGAGAGCCCCCAGCCCGCGCAGCCCCAGCAGAAGCAAGAAAUCUCUAGGACGGAAGAGGAAUGCUAAGCAUGGUGGCUCCUUCAAAGAUGAGCCACGGCUGUACCAGGAGAUUCGGGAGAGGGGGCUCCACUCCAGCAACCAGGACCCAGACGACGACUUUGUGCACGUGGAGCAGCUGGGGCCGGACGAGGGAAUCGUGGUCAAGAACUACCGACCCACCCAGCUAACCUGGAGCCAGCUGCCCGAGGUACAAGAACGAGGCAUCCUGGAUCAGAUCUCACCAGAGGAGCGCAAGCGACAGGAGGCCAUCUUCGAGAUCAUCCUGUCCGAACACUCGUACCAGCACAGCCUGAACGUCCUGGUGCGCCUCUUCAAGAAGUCCAAGGAGCUGAGGAAGACCAUGAACAUCACGGAGCACCACCAUCUCUUCUCCAACAUCUCCGACAUCCUGGAGGUCAGCAAGAGGUUCUUCGCCGACUUGGAGAAACGACACGGGGACGACCCGCUGAUCAGAGACAUCAGCGACAUCGUGGAGAACCACUCCUCCACCCACUUCAAACCCUACAUAAUCUACUGCUCCAAUGAGGUUUACCAGCAGAGGACGCUGCAGAAACUACUGGCGAGCAACACGGCUUUCAAGGAGGCUCUGAAGCACAUCGAGAUGACGGCGGAUUGCGGGGGGCUGUCCAUGAUCUCCUUCCUCAUUCUGCCCAUGCAGAGAGUGACCCGUCUGCCUCUGCUCAUGGAUACGAUCUGCCAGAAAACCAGCACAGACCUUGAAGAAUACCACUCUGCAGUGAAGGCUUUGAAAUCCAUCAGCAAGCUGGUGAAGCAGUGUAACGAUGGAGCUCGCAGAAUGGAGAGGACCGAACAGAUGUACACCAUACAGAAGCAGAUGGAAUUUGGCAAGAUUAAGCCCUUCCCCCUGGUGUCUGCAUCGCGGUGGCUGCAGAAGCGUGGCGAGCUGGCGGUCUGCACAGAGGAGCUCAGCAUCUUCUGGAAGGCUUUCUCCAACAAGAGCUACUACCUGUUCCUCUUCAACGACGUGCUCAUCGUCACCAGAAAGAAAAGUGAGGAAAGCUAUCUGGUGAUGGACUACGCCACUUUGGAGCAAAUAGAGGUGCAGCUCCUAGGGAGCAGCGAGGGUCAGCUGGCGAGUGGUUCACCGCGCAGCAGCUCCAGCCCCAACCUCAACAUGUUCAAGGUGGUGAUGAAGAGGAACAGCGAGGGCAAGGAGGAGCAGAUUGCUCUGGUCGCAGAGUCUCCGAGCGACCGAGCUCGCUGGGUCAUUGCCCUCCAGCACCACAAACACACAGACAACGACGACUUAAACAAAGAAGAUCUUCCGCAGGUGGAGAUAAUAAAGGGCUACAGGGCCAAGCAGCCAGACGAGCUGAGCUUGCAACAGGCUGACGUGGUCCUGGUUUUGCACAAAGUGGAAGGCUGGUUCCAGGGGGAGAGGCUGCGGGACGGGGAGAGGGGCUGGUUCCCUUCGUCCUGCGCCACCGAGAUAACGAACCGCAUCGCUGUGGAGCGCAACGUGCGGCGCAUGGAGAGACUGCGCAAGGAGACAGACGUGUGAGCGAGCAGAGAGCCGCCAGUCCAGGGAGCAGAGGAGCCAGCCAGGCUGCAGCAGCUGUCUGAACGCAGCUGGAACACCUGCAAUGAAUUUGGGGCGCCGUGCAGUUCCAUGGCUGCGUAACAGAGAGGUUCAUUAGAAAUAGAUCAGUAACACAGGAGCCCCCCAGACUCUGUUUCUACUGGCAAACUGCACGUGAGCUGUGAAUGGAUUAUCCACAUUAUAUUGAUAGCAUCCUUUUUUUUUUAAUGCAAGUUUGCUGAUUACCCAGACGAUUUGGGUGAAAAGCAUCUCUGAGCUUCAGAAUAAAUGGUUUAUAUCCCCUUCAGUCACUGCCUGUAUAAUUCUACCACAGUAUGGCUGUCUUAGUUUCUACGUUUUAGCAGGGCAACUUCUCAAACUCCAUAGAGUUAGACAAAAGUUAUGACCGACGGGGAUAUACUUGUACAGUACAUAUGUGUAU